AUGAGCAUCGAGACAUCAGAGAGCCAGACUGCUCCAUUGGCAGCAACAUCUGCUACUGCAUCUGGAAAUAUCUCAGCCAAAGAGACCAUUCCACAAACAGAGACAUCAACAUCCGAAGAGAAAGAGAAAGACACAUCCCAAUCUUCAAUCUACUCUCCAGCGAACCUACUCUCAAGUCUCCUCUCCCCAUUCUCUUUCUCAAGCCCGUCUCCAAGCAACAACGAAAAAGAAAAAGAAAAAGAGACCAAAAAUCCAACUAAAAUAUCAAUCGAAACCCCAAUCUCAGACUCAACCACACAGCCAACCCCAGUACCAUAUUACACGCCCGAAGAAACACCUCUCUACAAAAUCCUCUACAAGACCCGUUUAACAAAAACCCGCACAAAACAACUUCUCCGCGCAGGAGAGCGAGCAUACAAUGACCCUCCACCUCCACCAGGACUGGGUGAUUGCUGUGGGAGUUCGUGUGAUCCUUGUGUAAGGGAUUUGUGGAAGCAAGAGAUUGGAAUUUGGAGGGAGAGAUGGGGGGAUUGGGGUAUUGAAGAAGGGGAAGGCGUUUUGAAGAAGAGUGAAAAGAAAGAAGAGAAAUUGGGGAAGAAGAAAGAGUUGGAAUGGUGA